AUGACUAACAAAAGUGAGAUUAUUGAUGAAUAUACUGCAGUACUUGAGCGCGAGAUAGAAAACAAACGGUAUUUUCUGAAGGAGUCUCAUGACGCGCUACGCGAUCUCAUCGAGUCUAAGGCAGAAAGACUGAAUGGGGCAGGGUCAGUUCAAGGCAGACGGUCUGCAAUUAAUAAAGACGUGUGGCAGAAGUUCAUGGAGAAGCCUAUGUAUCUACCGGAGAGACAAGACCCGAUCGGGCUUAAUCUGGUUUCUGCGCGCUUGCGAGAAAAAACAGAGUCUAUGGGUCCCUGGCUUGAAGUAGAGAAAGAGAUCGUGCAUGUUGAGGAAACCUAUUUGAAUUCAUUGAGACAGUUGAACGCUGCGAUGCAAGACACUAUAGCAGAGUUUCGAAAGAACCCUCCUAAACCACGAGAGGAAUUGGUAUCAAAAGACUAUUCACUUUCGAGUUUGAAAACUCAACAUGAAAGUUUACAUAAAGAACUAAAAGAAUUUGUAACUAGGUACCUAGAACCAAAUGCACCAGAAAAUACUUCUGCGGAAGAAAUGCUUCAAUUGAUCUCAACUUUAGUACAAGGCAAGACUCUAGACAAAGAUCAAUUCAAGAACUCUCAAAGCCUCUUUAGGCUAUUGAUGAAGGGCAUGUUGUUAGAAAAUACAGACACUAACAGUUACAAGUUAAUAGAUCUUGUAUCGUAG